UACUCGUUUCGGCAAUACAUGUACUUCUAUCACAACUGUCUGCGCUCUCCGAUACCCAGAAAGGAGCCUCUACUGCGUUCAAGACAGGCCUACUCUCAAAUUAUUCCAAUCUCCACGAGAUUUAUCGUUGAUGUUCUCCAAUCCACCCCUUGACUUCAGCCAUCCCUUGACAUCAAAUUGGGAAACAAGGAUUCGAGUACGUUUUGUAGAUGUAUUUGUGUGCGGGGACUGAAACGCGCUAAAAAUAUUUGCAAAGAAUUGUGCCGGUCUUUGAUUGCCAUAAAAAUCCUGACAGCUUCUUCCCCCCACACCAAAUUUUUCAUUACAGCCAAUUUCUACGUAGAGAUAGACAUCUUAGAUGAACUCAUCAUGUUGAUUACAUUGCUAUCAGCCGCUCUAGUUUUAAGUAUCAAGGCUCAGAACAGUGCACACGGGUGUUCGUUCAGUCUCCAGGAUCCCCCAGACUUUUAUUUGGCUGAAAAUCGAGCUCUGAAUUAUUCUGCCUACCAGGAGAUUCACGGAGUUUCCGCAGCAAUGUGCGCACGGAACUGCCACCUGGACUCGCCUCGUUGUGCGUCCUUCAACUACCAACAAGCCAGUGGCGUUUGCAAGUUAAACAACGCCACCAGGAAGGACAGGCCCGUCGACCUCUUGGAGCUUGGAGGGAGCUCCUACUAUGACCGCAGCGACGAGACUCUGUUGUGCUCGGCGCCACUAGAGGUAUACAACAGCAGCUGUCAGAUGCUCUUCAGGGCCGGUCACCGCGCCAGCGGCGUGUAUACCAUCUACCCAGUAGCUGAUAGCGUGGGGGUACCGGUGUACUGCGACAUGGAGACCGACGGUGGAGGAUGGAUGGUGAUCCAGAGACGCCGUGACGGUACGGAGGAUUUCUCCCGUGUCUGGGUCGAGUACCAGUCGGGCUUCGGCGAUAUGCACGGCGAGUUCUGGCUGGGGAACGACAUCGUGCGUGACGUCACCGCGUCCGGGUCCUGGCAGCUGAUCGUGGACCUAGGAGACUGGGAGGGCAACACGGCCUGGGCAGAAUACGGUGAGUUUGGACUGUCUGGCAGUGAAUACCAACUCCGUGUCGGCUCGUACAACCCUGCAAGUACCGCGGGGGACUCGCUGCAGCGGGUACACGAUGGCGUCAUGUUCACGACAAAGGAUCGAGACCACGACUCUGCAGGCGGAAACUGUGCAGACGAUUAUCCUGGGGCCUGGUGGUUCGUAUUAUGUCUUGAGUCCCAUUUGAAUGGUGUGUACCGUGAACGUGGGUACAUCAAUGAGGGGAAGGGUAUCAUAUGGGGACGGUGGAAAGGAUUUCACGAAUCACUUAAGCAAUGCAGUAUGAAAAUACGGGAAGUUAAGUGCUAUCAUCGUCUGCCUUGAUUAAAAAAGAAUAUCAAUCAAUAAUUAAAGCUAGGAUUGGAGUGGGUGUAGUCUUUAUUCAAGCCCGGGUGUCGUGGUUUUAGCGCUGGAGGGCGCUAUUAAUUGCAGCUGGAACUACUGUUUCUCGACCCUCAUUAAAAAAUAUGGGACCGGUAACCGGUAACGUAAUUGUUU